GCGACGGCGGCACCCGCCCGGCUGCUGCUGGGGGUGAUAAGCAGCUGCGGGCGGUGGGCAGGCACCGCGCCUUCCUCCUCCUCCUCCUCCACCUCCUCCUCUCCUCCUCCUCCUCCUCCGCCUGACGUCAGCCCACGGCCCCGCUCAGUCUCGGGCGGCCGGCGGCGGGCAUGGCUGGGGGGCGGUGGCCGGCGGGGCUCGCCCUGGGCUGGGGCUGCUGCCUCCUGCUCUGCUGCGCUGCAGCCAGCAAGCUGGAGAUCUCCAUGCCAGCUGUGGUGGAAGUGGAGAUCGGGGGCACAGCCAGGAUCGAGUGCAACUUCUACAUCCCUGAAAAUGCUUCCUACACCUACAUCGACUGGUUCUACAUGGACCGCAGCAACAGGCAGGUGAGGCUGUACCACGUCACGGCCAGCGGCGUCCUGGAGGAUGACACGGACUACAAGGGGCGGCUGUCACUGGAGGAGGGCAAGGCCCUGUCUAUCAGCUCAGUGACGGUGCAGGACGCCAGGACCUUCAUGUGCCAGGUGGGAGCUGGCAGCUAUGGCAUGGGCGAGAGCAGCACCGAGCUCAGAGUCUACAAGGUCCCCAAAACCCCUGAGAUUGAGCCCAGCUCAGGAGGCAUCUCCGUGAGGAGCAAUGAGGUCCCAGAGAUUGCCAAGUGCUUGAGCAGAAACAGCUUCCCACCUCCUAACAUCACAUGGCACAAGAACGGGGAGCAGCUGCACCCCAAGGAGAACCAGGUGAUGAUGCAGUCGACGCUGACGCGCGAGUCGAGCGGGCUGUACACGGUGAGCAGCGUGCUGUACGCGCCCGUCACGCGCGAGGACCGCCACUCCCGCUACCACUGCACCGUGCACUACUGGCUGCGGGGACAGCAGCACGCCCUGGAGUCACAGGAGGUCAAGCUCAACAUCUUCUACUCCACCAAGCACUUGAAGAUGCAGGUGGUGUCGUCCUCGGCGCUGGUGAAGGAAGGGGACAAUGUGACGCUGGUCUGCGAGGCUGAUGGGAACCCACCGCCUGUCUUCAGCUUCUUUAAGAAAAACCUGGAUGAGUGGCAGGAUCUGUCGUCGCCAGAGUCCGACGGCGGGGUCCUGAACCUGCACGACGUGAACAAGAGCAGCAGUGGCACGUACAGGUGCCAGUCACUGGACCUGGAUGAUUUGUCACAGAAAGAGGAGGAUGUGGAUCUUGUUGUGAACUACAUUGAAGGGGUCCGUGUGAAGAUGGAGCCAUCUUCAAACCUUCGCGAAGGGGAUGACGUGAAGCUGAGCUGUGAUGCCCACAGCCCCGUGGCCCUGAAUUACCAGUGGAGUGAUGGGAAGGGCGAGAAGGUGGGGGAAGGGAACCAGCUCGUCCUGAGGAACCUCACCUUUGAAACCUCCAAAACCUUCAGCUGCAAGGUGAUGGCCCCGAGCGUGCCAGGGCUGGAGCAGAGCAAGCAGGUGUUCGUGACUGUUGAGGGGAAGCCGCGGAUCGUGGCCAUCAGCUCCCCGCUGUACGUGCGGCAGGACGAGGUGGUCAACCUGACUUGCAAGGCCAUCGCCUUCCCCCGUCCCACCGUCCAGUGGAGCAUCAACGGCACGGCUCACGAGUACAUGGACAACCAGCACAUCGCCAGCAACCUGACGGUGCGGGUGAGCCACGACCUGCUGCAGGCGGGAGCCAAGUGCCGGGUGUCCAACACGCUGGGUGUCAGUGAGAAGCACAUCCAGCUGGUGGAUCAAAAGUCAACAGCAGAGAGCCAAGGGGUGAUCAUCGUGGCCAUCAUCGUGGCCAUCCUCGUGGUGGCCGUGCUGGGCGCUGUCAUCUACUUCCUGCACAAGAAAGGCAAGAUCCCGUGUGGCCGCGCCGGGAAGCAGGACAUCACAAAGCCAGAGGCCCGUAAAGACAAGAUUGUAGUUGAAGUUAAGUCAGAUAAACUUUCCGAAGAGGCGGGGCUCCUGCAGGGCGCCAACGGCGAGAAGAGAGCCGCAGCUGACCAGAGCGAGAAAUACAUCGAUCUGAGAAACUAGAGAGGAAACCUACUAAGUGCUUUCUUCCUUCGAACCUUUCCUGCUCUUGGAUUGCCUUCUCCCACCCCUGCUCCAGCCCCUGGGGAGCACGGCCAGAGCCCACCCGUGUGUCACCAUGCUGGGCGUGCAGGGGCCACCUCCCUGCCUCACCUGGCCAUUACCUCAGCCCUGGGCUUGCAGGUGUUGCCUUAGCAGCAAAGCUGGACUCGCUUUACUACUCCAGAGAAGCCACAGCAAUAUUAGGAAGAAGUAUCCCAUUAAUCCCUACUUGGUGGAAGGAUUUGAGGCUCUUUCAGGUAAUCUGUUCUGUACAGGUGUGGGAAGGUUUUGAUGUGUUUUUUUUUUUACCCCGACCUUGCUCAGAGAGGCUGGUGAAAUUGGCUUUUGGGAUGUCUGAGGCACCUUAGCUGUAGUGGAGUGCAGGUUCGAGGAGAGAGGAGUGGAAGAGGGGGUUUGUUAGAGAGCUGGUGAGUUGCUGAGAGGUUUUUGGUGCUUUGCUUUGCCUUUGAACUGUUCUGAGUCAGUUUAGCCCCGUGUAUCCCAGCGGGGCUGUGAUCCCGUGGGAGGAGAGGACCUGGCAGAGCAAGGAAGGGGCGCCAGUCUCCAGAAAGGCUUUAGGGUGUCUGGUUCGGAGCUGUGCUGACCCGAGGGGCAGGGCUCCCCUCUCCCCUCUGAACUGGGUUUAUUUUAGGGACGCUGCACAGCUGCUGCACCAGCAGGUCCCAGAGCUCCCACAGAUUUCAAAUCAACAUUAGCCAGAGCCAGUCAGUGACGUCUCAGGGGUUUUUUUGUGCUCAGCCAUUGCCAGCCCCAGGUCCAACUCCCCUCUGUGCUUCAGUGGCACCUCUGGCCCCACGCUGGGGGGGGGGCACGGGCAAGAACCUGCCUUGAGCUUCUGUCCCAGCCCUCCCCUGCCUCACCCCAGAGGGCUCAGCCCCUCCAGCCUCUCAACCACGGCCUCUGAGCUCUGCUGGCCACAAGCCUUUGUCCUCUGGGUGCCCCAGCGCUGUCCCCAGCACAGCCCUGACCAGAGGGGAGCCGUCCCCACCUGCUACACGUGGUGUCCAAGCAAAAGCUUUGGUUUAUAUAUAUUUUUGUUGGAUUGUGUGUAUAUUUCCAGGAGUUUUGUUUGGUUUGGUUUAUUUUUUUUUUUGUCCAAUACUUGCAAGGUUUUUUUUAUAUAUGUGAAAAUAAAGUACGGAUUCAAAGCUGA